GAGUUACACCAAGAUAUGCAAAGGUUUAACAAUGAGGUUGAAGUAGAAGAGAACAGGAGCAAAAGUGGUGAGCUGAGAGGAUCAGAAACCAUGUGUGAUGGCAGUUAUCAUGAAGGAUUAACUCGGCAGAGGAAGAGGGGAAAAACUGAUGACCAGAAGUCUCCUGCUCUGCAGAAAGGAGAUUCUGAUAGAAGCUGUCCUGGCUUGCAUAUGAAAGAAGUAAAGAAGAAUGAAAGUGGAAAACGGACAUUAAAAGCAUCUGUGACUUCACUUGUAUUUGCGAAGACUGCCUCACUGGCUGGUGGUCUCCUACACAUGAAUGACAACAGCAGUUUAAGUGAAGAUCAAGGUUGUGGCAGGUCUUCAAAGAAAACGUCUACUGAAAAGGAUCAGGUCAAAGAGCAGAUGAAUUCUGUGGAUGGUCUCGAUGACUUAACUCUGGCACCGGAGACAGCUUCCGAGGAUUGCGAGUCGCUUUUCCCUGAUUAUAAGAACACCCUGAGGCUAAACGAACGACUUGGCCCGGAGAGUAAAGAUUCUGAUCGGUUACUGGAAAUUCAGGAUCCAGUUGAUUCAUUCAGAUCAAUAGAACUUAAAGAAUCUGACUGUGCAGUAAUUAGAGGAAAACUUAAAGAAAUGGAAAAUAAGGUGAACUGGCUACACACAGAGUUGCUGAAAACAAGAGAAGCAAAAUCACAGUUAAAACUUCAAAAUGUGGAGUGGAAACGAGAGCUCUGCCGCAUGAGAUUCACAUUAGAACAAGAAACAAAGAGGAAGAAAAAUGCUUAUACAUUAUAUGAAAAAUCUAAGGAUGAUUUAAAAAGAAAAGAGAAGCAAUACAAUGAGCAAGUUUACCUGAAACAACAACUUGAAAGUACUGUCCGAGCACUAGAAUGCAAACUGAAGAGCGUAAGGAAUAAACCAAAUCAGGUUUUAGAAGAGCGAAAUGAUGCUCAGAGACAACUUUCUCGAGAGCAGAAUGCCCGAGUAAUACAAGAUGAAAUCCUGGCCCAUCGUCUUUCCCAACAAAAGGAGGCAGAAAAGGCUAACAAGAGAAAGAAUGCUGAGGACACAAUGGAUUUUGAGCUGUCUGACCCAAAAGAUAGCAGCGAGGUGCUUCCUCAGCAACUUCCUGAAGCUGAACGUCAAUUCCGUGGCCCAGAAAUUGAGCUCCAUCCCAGGAGAGAUGCUCUUAGACCAACGACGUUGGUAUUAGAAUGUGUGCACAGAGACCGAGGCCAAGCCCAGCGUUCAAACAAGGAAACUGAACCCUUGUCUCAGAGCAAACAAGGGGACGUCAUCAAAUACAUUGCAAAGCAGGCAUUCUUGAAGGAGACAAUAUGUAAUCUACAAAGUGAAAACACGUUGCUUCGACAGCAACUAGAAGUUGCUCGAAAUGAAGCCAGAAGUGAAAAGACAAUACUUAAUACUCCAGAGCCAUUUCCGGAUCACAUGGGAAAACUUGAAGCCAUGAGCAGACGAGUUCUGAUGCUGGAGGAAGGAAACAAGGAGUUAAUUAAAGAAUGCAGAUGUUUAAAGGACAGACUGUGUCAGUAUGAAACGGACAGAGCAGAAAUGGAAGCCCAUAUGAGACAGCUUCAGCAAGAACUGGCUGACACCCGAAAGAAAGUGUCCAUGUUGGAAGCAUCCCUGGAGGUGACAGCACAUCAUCAAACUAACUCAGAAAAUAAGAGACAGGAUGGAGAGAGGAAGCCACAUCAAACUGCCAACUCAGUAUGUAUGAAAUUCAGCACGUCGGCCGUGAACGUGCAGCGCAGAAGUGGCUGCACCAUCUAA